AGCGGGAGCUGUGCCUAACUGUGGUCGCUAAUUUGGUUUUGUUCAUGUCUGUAACAGUAAUAUUAAUAAUGAUAAUAGCAAUACUUCUUAUAACUAACCCUUUCAAAACAAACAUGCCGAAAGGGGGAACCGGAUGUUGGGUUCUCACUUCCGCCUUGCUAAAAGUCCGCUUUUUUUGAGCAUCAACCAAAACAUUCUUUCAGAACGUAAAACAUAACCAUUAAUUGAAUAACUUAUACAAGCUAAUAAUACUGAACGGUUAAUAAUUACUUUUAUUUCAGUAAAUAUAAGCCGGUUCAGCAUGUCUGGGGCUGAGCGUCUGUACAGCUGUGAAGACCCAGCUGUGUGGAGAUGGAUUUAUGGGAAGUACUGGGCUGUGGUGGAAGUGAAGUCUGCUGGGAAAAGGAAGACUUCAGGGAAGCUGUUGGCACUAGAGAAAUGGUAUCAAGAGGAGCUGCCAGUGGUCAUUUCAGCUCGGACAGAGCCUUCUCUAACACACCCAGAACUGGUCAAACUCAUGGAGUGGAAACUGACUAGGGGGAGGUUCCGGCCCCGGUUGCAGCAGCUGGUUGGCUCUAACAGUGAGGAGGCGGUGCUUAGUUGCACCAAGAAGGCUUUCAGUCUCCUUCCCAAUGUCCAAUCAGCAAUCGCAGAAUUAAGCACCCUCAAAGGACUCGGACCUGCUACAGCAUCAGCGGUAUUAGCAGCAGGAGCCCCUGGUGAAGCUGCCUUCAUGGCUGAUGAGGCAGUGGAAAGCAUAGCCGAGCUGAGACCAGUUCAGUACACAGCCAAGCACUACUCCCUCUUCUUACAGAAAAUACUGCACAAAACACAACAACUCAACAAAGUGGACAGUGAAGAGGACUGGACACCUCAUAAGGUGGAGCUGUGCUUAUGGGCAUGGGCUGUGGCCAGUCAGAUUCAGCCCUCGCUGCUGAAGGAGUUUUCUCUGAAUGAUGCCACACAUGAGACCAAAGAAAAGCCAGGGAAGAGAAAGGAAACGAAUGAGCAGCCAUCGAAAAGACAGAAGACACACUAGCCCAAGAAGACGUGACUUUACCUUUGUUUUGAUGUUGGAUUCUUUGUGAAAGAGUUUCUCAGUUAGCCAGAUAACAUCAACCAAAGGGUUCAUGGGUUUCAGUUUGUUUUGUAUGCCUAAUAAGUUUUACUUUGUAAAAUAAAACCCCUGUUUUUGAGGGACAGAGAUGUUUAUUUCUCGGUUUGAGAACUUGAGCGCGUCUUGAGGAUCCACUGAAACGACUUGUUCUGCACCACCAAUAGAUGCCCCCUGUCCAUGAGAGAGUGGGCAGCACGUACUGUCUGAUUUAUACCCAAGUGAAAACAGAGUUCUUUGCGGACUACGAGUUAGUACAGAUUUGCAUGUUCAUGCUUUCAUGUUAAAAGCUUUCAAGCUAUUUUCUUGUUCAAGAGUUGAAAAAGUUAA